AAUGAAAACAAAUCAGAAUAAAACAAUAUUAUAUUUUGAUUUCUUGACGUAAAAAUACGUAAUAAUAAACAUAAGUUGAAUUCUUGCACCAUAAUAGUCAAUAGAAAUAAUUAAGCAAAGUGGCUAAUACUAGCGAUGAUCAGGAGAAAAGUGAAUCCAAAGACGAUCCGCUGGAAGAUGAACGCCAGGGAAGUGUUAGGGAAGUAGGCAAUCAAGCGGUUUGGAGUUUGUCAUCUUGCAAGCCGGGUUUCGGAGUAGAACGCUUACGUGAUAAUAUAAUGGACACAUAUUGGCAAUCAGAUGGUCAACUACCACAUUUGGUGAACAUACAGUUUCAUCGUAAAACAAGCAUAAGUCAAAUUUAUAUUUAUACCGAUUACAAACUGGAUGAAAGUUAUACACCGUCACGCAUUUCGAUAAGAGCCGGAUCACACUUUAAUGAUUUACAAGAAUUACAAAUAGUUGACUUAACAGAGCCAACGGGUUGGGUGGCUAUACCGAUUAAAGAUGGCAGUGUUAAAUCGAUACGGACCUUUAUGCUGCAAAUUGCUGUUAUUUCUAAUCAUCAGAACGGCCGGGACACUCACAUGCGUCAAAUUCGUAUACAUGCACCUGUGGAGGGGCGUCAUUAUCCAUUGGAAUUGUUUGCGGAUAUUUCGCUCGAAUCAAUUUAAUAAUCUAAUAAAAUAUUACAUGAAAUGAAUUACCAAGACAAUGCAAAUAGAAUGUACAGCAGUCUUGAUUUCUUACAAAUCAGUACAAGUCAGUUUUUGAACACCAAGAAAUUCUUUCGAAACAUCAUUCCGCUCAAAAGACGAAGCAAAUUCUCUUAACGACUUGUUUAGGCUUAACAGGAUUGACUGUGUUUUUUCCGACCAUUUAUUUUCAUUUAACAGAAUUGUGUUAGUUUUUUGCAUCACUUAUUGAAAGCAACUCUGUUCUCUAGUCGCUCUAUUCACAACACAUACUUGGUACUUUUUUUUAUAAACUUAUUCAUCCUUAUUAUGUAAACUACAUACGUAUAUUAAAUUAUUUAUACGCUUAUUCUCGUACAUGA